UUGAAAAUUGUGAGUUUGGAUUUUUUGGGAAGGUUUUCAGAGAUUUUUUUUGUUGUUUUUCGAAAAUAAGUUGUAGAUAUUUUUUGGAAAUUUUUCGGAAACAUUGUUAAAUUUUUAAUAUGUGAACUUUAUUUCUAGUACCAGUUUCAUAUUUAAAAAAAAACCUGUUUUCUUGGGAUUUUUGUGAUGUUUGGAUAACUUUACAUAAUUUUUAUACGGUUUGUAUUCAUUGGUUUUUUCUAGGCAAUUUUUAAAUUUUUUCUGAAAGGUUUACAUAUUUUAUUUCUUUUUUUGGACUAUGGUCUUUUUUUUACGAGUUAGUUUAGAAGAUUUUCCUUCAGCUCAAGUUUAAUUAUAUUAAAUAAUUUUUAUCAGAUUUUUUGUUCAAUUUUGAACUGAUCAUGAUUUUUUUGAAUUUUUUUUACUUAUAAUUGUAAAAUGCACGGGUUUUGAUGUCUCACUUAAAUUUUGACACAUUUUUUCCUUUCUAAAAUGUUUUAUAUUUUUUAUGAUUUCAACUUUUCAAUAUUUUUUUUUGGGAUUUUUGAACUGUUUCUGUUCUCUUCUGUUUAAAAUCCUUGAUUUUCACAAUUUUAUUCAACUUUCAAAAGUCAUAUGUAUCAUUUUGAAAUGUAAAAACAUGUUUUCUUUCGUUUUCUACUGAGUUGUAAUCUUUUUUUUUUUGUACAGGUCGAUGUUGUUGUUCUUCUCUUCUCAAUCUUCUACUUCAUCCCUUCCCAAAUUGUUUUAUUUUUGUACCAAAAUGAGUGCUUUUUUUUCGAGUUUUUCAAGAUGAUCCUCAAUAAAUUAUAUAAUUUUAAAAUUUUUUUGUUGUAAAUUUUUAUUAAUUCGCUUAUCAUCGAAUUCACUAUUUUAUGUACUUUUAUAUUUGGUUCAAUUGUAAUUUUGGCUUUUUUAAGCGUGAUUUUCAGAGAAAAAUUGACAAUUUUUCAGAUGGCAGAAGAACAUGAGAAAGGAAAUAUUGUUCGAUGGCUGGUUUGUGGAGCCACAGCUGGUUUGGCAGUUGAUAUUGGGCUAUAUCCAUUGGACACAAUUAAAUCAAGAAUGCAAUCGAAACAGGGAUUUAUUGCGGCUGGAGGAUUUAAGGAUGUUUAUAGAGGAAUGAGCUCUGUUGUUCUUGGAUCGGCUCCGGGAGCUGCGAUUUUUUUCUUUUCGUAUAAAUUUAUCAGUUCGAAUUUGAAGAAGAGUUAGUUUUUUGUUGAAUUUUUUUCAAGAAAAACGGGAAAGGAUUUGAAAUUGACCACUGAAACAUCGAAAAUUUAAUAUUAGUUUUAUAAACUCACUUUUCCAGAUUAUUCUCAAAACGAUCCACUCAUCGAAGCGAUUUCAGCAAGUUUAGCUGAAAUUGCCGCUUGUGCCGUCCGUGUUCCCACCGAACUUUGCAAACAACGUGGCCAAGUUAUGGAAAAUGCGAAAUUGUCAGUGAUUUGCCGCGAAAUUUGGGAGGCCAAAGGAUUUCGAGGAUUCUAUCAAGGAUAUAUGAGUACGGUUGCUCGAGAAAUUCCAUUUUCGAUUAUACAAUUUCCGAUUUGGGAGGGAUUGAAGAGGUUUAUUGCGAAGAAUAAGGUUUGUGUUUUGGGGGAAAAUGCAUACUGAAAAUAAUAUGUUUCGAUAAAAAUUGUCAGGUUUUUUGAUUUUCAGUCAGCACAUUUUUCAAACUUUUAGACUGAAAUUCCAAAAAUUGGUGAUAGUUUUUAAUUUUUUCUGUUUCUUUAAAAUUUUUUGAGUCGAUUUUCGUUUCGAAAAAUUUUGAAUUUUAAGUGAGCUGUUCCCAGUAAAUUAUACGUUUUAGAAUUAUUUUGUUUGCACUCUGUUAAUUUGUUUCUUCAAUGUUUGUGUCAGUUCGAGAAAAAAACUAUAAAAUUAGGCAAGAAUAUAGGUUUUUUUGUUUUCAUAAAUUGAAAAUUCGUUAGAAAUAACAAAAAACCCUAUGAGUGAAAAAGAGACUCAGAAAAUGAAGUUUCUCAAAAAAAUUCCUUUUUUUUAUUUUUCAUUUUUAUUAUUUUGGAUUUUAUUUUUCAGUAUUUUUCAAUCUGAUUAUUACCUAAAAGUUCUCUGCUGUUACUGUUUUUUGACUUUGUUUUGUUAAUUUUACACAAACAUCAAAAAUGAGCGUUGAUUUUUAGAUUCUUUCUCAUCUUCAAUCCCUAUUAUUUCUAGAAAAAUGGAAAAUGCAGUCCACUUGAAGGUGCAGCUUGUGGAAGUUUUGCUGGUUGCAUCGCCGCCGGUCUCACAACUCCAUUAGACGUUGCAAAAACUCGAAUUAUGCUAACUAAAACCAGCCCGCCACCCACAAUUAUUGCAACAAUUAGAGAUGUUUAUUCAAGUGGAGGAAUCGCUGGCCUUUAUUCUGGAAUCGUGCCACGUGUCUUAUGGAUUUCCGGAGGCGGAUUCAUAUUCUUUGGCGCCUAUGAAUUGGCCAUGCAUUUCACUAAUUUUUGA